ACGCUGAGAAAACUUUUAUACCUGUGAACUGCCACUUUUCCAGCAUUCUCCCACCCGUGCCCGAAGUCGCUGGUAUAUCUUAGAAAACUACUCAAAAGAAUUGUUCAAACUUCUGCUGAAUCACAACCAUUUGGCGCCGAGCUAUGACAAGAGAGGAAACGAGAAGUUAAAGGAGCAACAGGGCCAUACGUGAAGAGAGAGUUCAUUGAUAACAUGCUCUUACGAAGCUCAGGAAAAUUAAAUGUGGGCACCAAGAAAGAGGAUGGCGAGAGUACAGCCCCCACCCCUCGCCCCAAGGUCCUUCGUUGUAAAUGCCACCACCACUGUCCAGAAGACUCAGUCAACAAUAUCUGCAGCACAGAUGGGUACUGCUUCACGAUGAUAGAAGAAGAUGACUCUGGAACCCCUGUUGUCACCUCCGGAUGUCUAGGACUAGAAGGGUCAGAUUUUCAAUGUCGAGACACUCCCAUUCCUCAUCAGAGAAGGUCAAUUGAAUGCUGCACGGAGAGGAAUGAAUGUAAUAAAGACCUGCACCCUACUCUGCCUCCGCUGAAGAACAGAGAUUUUGUUGAUGGCCCUAUACACCACAAGGCCUUACUUAUAUCUGUGACUGUCUGUAGUUUACUCUUGGUCCUCAUUAUUUUAUUCUGUUACUUCAGGUAUAAAAGACAAGAGGCCAGGCCUCGCUACAGCAUUGGGCUUGAGCAGGAUGAAACUUACAUUCCUCCCGGAGAGUCCCUGAGAGACUUGAUUGAGCAGUCUCAGAGCUCGGGAAGUGGAUCGGGUCUCCCUCUGCUGGUCCAAAGGACAAUAGCUAAGCAAAUUCAGAUGGUGAAGCAAAUUGGAAAAGGUCGCUAUGGGGAAGUGUGGAUGGGCAAGUGGCGUGGAGAAAAGGUAGCUGUGAAAGUGUUCUUCACCACUGAGGAAGCCAGCUGGUUCCGAGAGACAGAGAUAUACCAGACAGUCCUGAUGAGGCAUGAAAACAUUCUGGGGUUCAUUGCUGCAGAUAUUAAAGGGACUGGGUCCUGGACUCAGUUGUACCUCAUCACAGAUUAUCAUGAAAAUGGAUCUCUUUAUGACUAUCUGAAAUCUACUACCCUAGACGCAAAGUCCAUGCUGAAGUUAGCCUACUCUUCCGUUAGUGGCCUAUGCCACUUACACACGGAAAUCUUCAGCACUCAAGGCAAACCAGCAAUCGCCCACCGAGACUUGAAAAGCAAGAACAUCUUGGUGAAGAAGAACGGAACUUGCUGCAUAGCUGACCUCGGCUUGGCUGUCAAGUUUAUCAGUGAUACAAACGAGGUUGACAUUCCACCCAACACACGAGUGGGCACCAAGCGCUAUAUGCCUCCAGAAGUGCUGGAUGAGAGCUUGAACAGAAAUCAUUUCCAGUCUUAUAUCAUGGCUGACAUGUACAGUUUUGGACUCAUUCUCUGGGAGAUUGCAAGGAGGUGUGUUUCUGGAG